CUAAGCGCCAAAAACACCACUCUCUCUCUCUCUCGCUCUCUCUCUCUCUCUCUCUCUCUCUCUCUAAGCAGUCACUCAACCGCUGAACCAGUUAUGCAAAUGGCAAGUGAAAAGCCAAAACAAGGAGAUAAAUUGCCAAUGUCUGCUUCCUUUCCACAAAGCGACAAAGAACUGGAACCCUUUGAUCUACAGGAUGGAUCUGAUGAUCUUCCUGGUAUUUUUGAUGAUACGGCACAAUCAGCACCUUUUUUUCCAACCGUGGAUGUGCAUGGAAUGCCUCAAUCUUAUGCACAGGAAAUGUCAUUUCCUGUUAUCAAGGAUGAUAUCUCUCAAUGUAAUGUUUUUCACAAUCCUGUGACUGGCCCUGGUUACUUAUAUGAGCCUGUUUCAGGCUUUUCAGAUUUGGUAGGGAAUUUGAAUGAAUUUGGUCAAUACGAUGCUCUUGUGAAUUCAGUAGCUACUGCUAAUAUCCAUGCCACUGAUCUUGACAAUCCUCAAAUUGAGAGAAAUACAGUAACCUCCGGGAUUGAUGUGGGUGGUGGCUUACAAAUGUCAAAAGCUGGUAGAGAAGCAAAUGAUAGUGAUAUUUGUAGGCCUUGGCUAAUUGAAAAUCAAAUCACCCAUGCACAUACUGCACCUGUAUCAGGCCUUAAUCCAUCUAGUGGACAAAUGGGAAUAAACAUCUCACAGAUGUACAGAUCUGGUAGAGAAGCAAAUAGUAAUAAUAUUCAUAUGCCUUGGGUAUUUGGAAAUCCAGUCAUCCUUCCAGGUAGUACACAUGUAUUAGGCCACAACCCACCAAUUAAUGGAGAAUUGAGAAUGAAUAACAGUUUCGUGGCAGGUGUAGCUCCAUCAAAUCAUCCUGAAAUGCUUGAUGGGAAUUUCCUUACUCUUGGAUAUGGGUCUAAUCUGGAGACCAGAUCUAAAUAUAAUGUCUCCAGCAAAGAUAACAAUCAGAGCAAUAAAAAUAUUGUUCUGCCCAUGUUAAACACUUAUUCUGGUCAAAAUGUUGCUAGAAGUUCUUUGAAAUCUAGUUCUAAUGUGGCUGAUGGUUUUUCUAGUUUCCAGAAGUACGAUGGUGGAUUUGCUAGACUAGUGCCUAAUGAGAGUGAGUCUAUAAGCAUAGGCCAUGCACAACAUAACGAUGCACUUUCUGGUUUAGGGCAGAAUGCAAGUGGGGUUUCUCAUCAGGUGUGGAAUGCUAAUGAAUUUUCUAGUCUGGUGCAGAAUGUGGCUGGAUUUUCUCAUCAAGCGCAGAAUAUAGAUAGAUCUUCUGGUCUAAUUCAGAAUGUAGGUGGGCUUUCUAAACCAUCUAGGGAUGAGAGUGUUGGGACCCUGUUGCCACUAGUAGAUAGGCAAAAUUAUAAUCAAAUCCCAAGCAGCUGGAACUUAGGAUUUGGAGAGAAAAUGAAGGAGAGAUUUGCAAAUAUAAGUCCUUACACAAGCUUUCAAGGUCUUCCAACUGAGUCAUCAAUACCAAAUAAUAGCAACCAAGUUGGCUUACCUGAUGCUGCAUGGUUUGGGGCAAAUGGGUUGUCACCAUCAUCUUCUUUGGUUAGGAGUGCUAUUCAACCUGCAUCUAAUCAGCUACGGAGUUCUCUUGUAGGAGCUGUGAGAAAUUUCUGCCCAGAGCCUUCUAUGGUUUUGCCCUUUACUGGAGUUACAAGGAGCAUUGACUGGCAGGGUCAGUCAGGUGAAGAAUUUCCAGCAGUAAAUAGGCCUAUUCGAUCUUGUGUUCCUUCCGGACGAUUUCUUAAGAGGGGAUCACCCAUAUGCCCUCCCAACGCUCCCCAGCCUUGGUGCAAAAGGUCCAGAUCAAUUAGACCUGCCAGUCAUCUGUCUGCUCCAACAUUGCUCCAAACUAGUCCAACACAUGCUCCUCUAACUUCAGUUGAUUCCUUAAGCCCCCUCGUACCCCGGAGUUUUCCCAGUCGCCCACCUACAGCCUACACUUCUCGUCUUUCAUCCUUGCCCAGAACUUCUUCACCUCACCAUAUCAAGUGGCAAGGAAGGCAAGGAGACGUUAAAACUCCUCAACCGAGUGGAAAUCAAUGUCAUAUAUGCAAGAGGGAUCUGUCAUUCACUCCAGAAGGCCCCAUACACCAGCCAGAGAAACCAAUAACUGCUGCUGUCUUGCCAUGCGGCCACCACUUUCAUGAUUCUUGCUUGCAGCGUAUCACUCCUCAAGACCAAGCUCAAGAUCCUCCUUGUAUCCCAUGUGCCAUGGGCGAGAAGGACUACUUUGAUAGCAUUAGUCAGGAUUAAGAGGAAAAUGAAAGCUAUAUAGAAAAGUGGUUAAAUCAAAUAGUUAAAAAUUCAUGUAUCUGUAUAUAGCAGGUGAAUGUGAUCAAAAUGAUAGGUAGUCUACUUGGUAGCUAUGCCAUUAUAAGGUGUAUAUAAUAGUGGUUGACGCAAUUCCAUUAAUACAUGUCUCCAAAACCCUUCAACCACCAAGAGUUUGGUGUAUAUAGGGUUUGCUUAUC